GAGCGUUGUAUUGCUCCAGGGCUGCGCUAGUGCAGCGAUUUGUAAAUCAUUUGUAAUUGUAGACAAUGAGACAUCCAUUGAAAAACAUGGUAGUAAGAUCAGCAUAUUUUUGCCUAAACUCAAAUUUAGAUUAUCAUUAGGUAAACUAGACUAUGUUACAAAUACUACGCCUAGGCCUACUAUGGGAGAGUAUUUGUUUUGAGAGCUCUGUUUUUGGCGAAAUUACUUUGUACGUAAGAUGAUAUUUGACCUAUUGAAUAGAAACAGUUUUGAUUAUGCGUACAAAAACACGUGUAAAUCAUAACAAUGUCAAAGUGAACCACGAGGGCUGCGCUGAGUCUUACGUCGUCUUUAAGGUAUAGUUUUAAAAGGAGAUGAUUGCUGACAGCGAUACAGACAGGUGCUAUAACGGAACCUCACGAAGGUGAAGCAAAACGACCAAAACAAAACCUACAGUGAAAGUUCCUCAAAGAGCACAUAAUGGUGGCGAGGAUGGCGAGCUGCGGAGCCACUUGUCACCUGGAUGAAGGAGAUGGAGACGUCCCUGCCCCUGACCAGAAGGGUAAUCUGACUGAAAGUUAUAACAGUGGCUCAGACAAUGCAGGGACAUCUACAGAGGAGAGUUCUGAAGAUGAGGAGGAUUCUGACGGCGCUGCUGAGAAAGGAGGAGAAUCAGAGGAGCCUGACGUUGAGGAUUCCUGUAAUGAAUCGGAGUCGGCUCCUCAACCUGAUGCAGAGGUGUCCCUUGCUAAAGAUGUGCCCCCCAAGACAUGUGAAAAAUGCAAGGCUAUCCAGCAGAGUCAAGGCAAUGAUCUGGUUACUCCCAGGAAGAUCUCUAAAGGACGCCUACAGGUGCAGCUGGAGGGAGAGGGGGCAUAUGAGUGCUCCGUCACCGGCCUGGUGUUUGAGGUGUCGGAGAGAGUCCUGAUCCGCUACUCGGUCCUGUCCUGGUCCAAGUUCGGCAUGUUCCUCRGGGACUCCUGGAGGUUCGCUGGGCCCAUCUUCAACGUGGACUGUGUCAACAGCCCCUCAUCCAUCCUCACCUCCAUCCAGUUCCCUCACUUCCUCUGCCUCGCUGACCCCGACAGUGAAAUGACCUUCAGUGUCCUGCAUAUGAAGGACAGCUGUCCGGUGAUCGAGCCCUCGGUAGACCACUCUGGCAGCCAUGUAAAGUGGCGUGUGUCGUCCCUGUCCCCGGUGGGGCCCAUUGUCCAGAGCAGCAAGCCUGUAGAGCACCACGGGGUGGUCCUGGUGUUUAAGGAACUGGCUCUGAACAACUCCUACUCCUUUCGCAUUUACCUGGCCACCAACAACUCCUCCGACAUUAAGGACAUAGGGAAGGAGGUGCGUUGCUCCAAGAGGCGUUACCUGAAGGUAGAAAAGCCACCCACCUGUAAGUUGGAUGAGAGGAGGUACCGCCUCAUGAGUGAACCAGAGGGAGACAUCAACCCUGCGGACUUGCAGUUCACGCUGGCCGUGACUAAAUUAAAGGGAUAUUUUGAGGCGUUCUUUGAGCAGCCCCCUCCCUUCAAGCUCUCCCUCAUAGAGACAGAGUCCGACCAGACUGUGUGGUCAGCCACCAUCAGAGAAGGUGACUGUGUGGACAAUGCAGUUGAAAAACCAAGGAAACGGACAGAUAGCAGGAAGAGAAGCACCAGCACAUCAGAGGAAGAGAUGACCAAUAAGAGACCUCGAUGCGCAGAUGAGUCAGACGGAGUGCGGACAGUGCAGGUCCCAGACGUGUCGUCCAAGCAGCUGAUGCAGGUGGCUAAGCGGCUGGGGAAGGAGUGGAAGCAGGUGGCUAUCGGUUGCCUGGACCUGUCCUCCAAAGAGCUGGACGAUAUUCAGGCCAGCGAGGAGGAUGUCAUCAUGCAGAGGUUUAAGGCAUUGGAGCGCUGGAAGACUAGCAGGCCGAAGGGUGAGGCCACUGUCGCUCACCUCUUGAAGAGCCUACAGGAGUUGGAUGACCUGCCCAAUGAGGUCCACCAGACACUGCAAGAUAUGAAGGACAAUAAAGCUGCCAAAUGACAUCUUUAGCCUCCCUAGGUGAGAGACGUUUGAACUCUUUAUUUGAAGACAGAAAUCUCUCUACUUUAUGCUGUAUGGCUGGGGUACUCAACUCUUACCCUAUGAGGUCCGGAGCCUUCUGGUUUUCUGUUCUACCUGAUCAUUAAUUGUACACAC